AUGCCGCGGUCCGUCAUGAAGCAGCGGGUUCACCGAUUCUCUUGGCACUUUUAAGGCGGCGGACGCGCUGUAUUGCGUUUUAAGUGUACCAUGCAGCAACGAUUGAGCAACCGUUCCUACGCGGGCGCUUACGUCCUCGAAAGGCUGCCGGAGGACUCGCCUGUCCUGGACUUCUGCAACUACUAUGACACAUCUGGUGCCAGAGAGAGCUUUUUGAUUGACCAGGAUAAGAGAAGGAGGAAACUCAAGAGAAGAAUGUCGUCUGGAUGUGGCAGGUCGGAACUUCGCAAGGCGCUUGCAGAAGAGUUAAGUAGGCUCGCAGUUGCGGAGGGGCGUGCGGAGGAUGAGCAGAGGCUUAGGUUGGAUGCGGAGAGGCGGGCAUUGGCUGCGGAGAGGCUUCUUGACGUGGUGGCCGCCUUGCUGGACAUGCUGGUCACGGCCGCGGUGGUCACACUCGUGGUGUUUGUCGGUGGCUUUGGCGCCCUCGCGCCCCUGUACAUCGUGUUCGUGAGCUGGCGCUGCCGCGACCUGCUUCCACGGCCGCAGCGGCAGUGGCGCGGCGUGAUGGCCGCAGCCGUGACUGUGGCGUGCGCGGCCUGCUGCGUUUCCAUGGUCGUGGCAUCCGCGGGCUUCGUCUCCCAGGCCGUGGCGCACGCGGCCUUCUACCCGUGCGUGGCGCUACUCGCGGCUCGUGCAGCACUCGUCACACUGACACGUGUAGUGAGGUCAUGUGGCGAUGCGCCACUCCAUCAUGAGCCACGGAUCACCAGCAAACAGGGCCUGCCCCUGGGCAGCGGCAUGGGCUCCUCCGCCGCCGCCGCCGCCGCCUGGGCCGUGAACGCCCUGUUCGGCGCGCCCGUGCCCAAGGACAAGCUGAUCCUGGCUGGCCUGGACAGCGAGGCGGCGGUGAGUGGCUACCACGCCGACAACGUUGGCCCCUCGCUACUGGGCGGCUUCGUGCUCAUCCGCUCCUGCAAGCCCGGGGAGCCGGUGGAGCUGCUGCAGCUGCCCUUCCCCAACCCCGAGCGCCUGCACUUUGUGCUCGUCAACCGCAAGUUUGAGGCGCCCACCGCCCAGAUGCGCGCGGUUCUGCCCAAGGAGACGCCCAUGAAGUCCAUGAUCAACAACUGCUGCCAGGGAGGGGCGCUGGUUGCGGGCAUCCUGACGGGCGACGUGAAGCUGGUGGGUGAGAGUCUGGACCGCGAUGUGAUCAUCGAGCCGGUGCGCGCGCCGCUCAUCCCCGGCAUGAUGGCGGUCAAGGAGGCGGCCAAGGCGGCGGGCGCGUACGGCUGCACCAUCAGCGGCGCCGGCCCCACGGCUGUGGCCAUCGUGGACGACCCGGCUGUGGGUGCUCGGGUGGCUGAGGCGAUGUCCGCCGCCUUCCGCAACGCGGGCAAGCUGGACGUGAACACGGCGCAGGUCGUGAAGCUGGAUCCGGAGGGCGCCAAGUUUGUGUAAAGAGUGUUGGGCGUGUGGAGUUGUGUUCUGUGUGCGGCGUUACUUGUGUGCUGGGUGGGCUGGGCUAUGGGGGGCUUGUGGCAGUGUGGCAAGCAGGCAGAGGCAGGCAGGCCGUCAAAUGACAAGAGCCAGGCGGACCGCCACGGCGGCUUGACGGGGGAGGGGACGCACGGUAUUUGGGUUUCAAAUGGGCGGGGGGUGGGGUGGCCGCAUGGCCAUGACACUGGGGGUUUGGCACGGUGGCAGGUGAAAGACAGGUUCAGCGCUGCAUGUGCAAAACCCCUGGGCAGACACUGACCACGACCAGACGCAGUGAUUGACGAUGCCACUUCCUGUCGGUGCCACCGUCGCGUGUGGGCACCUGUUGACAGAUGCCCUCGGUCCCACGAUAUUAUCG